AUGUCUUAUCGUUAUGCUUAUUCGAACGGUGUUGGAUAUGGUGAUGGUAUGAUGCCAUACCAAAAUGGCACAGCUCCAGUUUAUAAUGGUGAUAUGGCUCGUAGUUCUUAUUCUCCUGAUCGUUACUCAUCGUUCACAACCAACAGUUCAAGUUCGGAUUAUGAAUACCGUGGUCGUCUAAUAUCACGAGAAGUUCGAAGACCAAGAGAUGUAAUUCGUGCACCAACUCCGCCUCCUAUAAUUAAACGAGUGGUGGAACGAGCACCAACACCGGAAGCACCGAUCAUGGAGCGGGUAAUAAUUCGACCGCAAGCACAAGAAAUUGUUGAACGUGUAAUUGAACAACCACGCACCCCACCACCUCGAAUUAUUCAAAAAGAAAUGCAUGAAGAGGCUCCUCCACCUAUAGUUCGAACAAGGCUCGUUUUAAUCCCUCAGAAUGUAAUCAAAGUUGAUCGUCCUGUACGUCGUGGUUAUAGCCAACCAGGUUCUCCUGCCGUCAUGUCGUAUACCGUCAAUGGUUUACAUCAGGGUUAUCCAAAUGGUUAUCGAGCACAUAGUAUUGCGGGAUCGACUGGAGGACCUGCACUUCAUCGAAGUUAUUCAUCAUCAUCAAGUUUCGAAUACAUGCCACCGGCAAUGCCAGGUAUGGUUUUGCCAGGACAACCGAUAGUAGCUACAAACGGAGCUAUGAUGAUGCCAUCAGCAAUGGGUGCUGUCACGGACCGACCAACUCAAAUGUUUUAUCGACCAAUGAUGACGACAGGUAUGCAAUCUGGUAUGUCGGCCAUGCAGGGAUUAACGUCGAUGAUCGGUUCUCCUUAUCAACAAUUUCAAUCAACUCCAAUUUCCUCCGGUCCACAGACCAGUUACAUGUAUCCAUAUCAACAAGGAACCGGUGGAAUGGCAUUUGGAUACCGACCAAUGAUGCCAACGCCAGGUGCUCCUGUUGCUCAACCAGGCUACCAUAUGCAAAUGCCAAGUGGUCAUAGUGUGCCGUUAAUGCAACAAAACUAUCCAACUGCUCCCAUGUUUAACGCGGCUAGUACCAUGCCUCAUCAGUUAGUCUAUUAG